AAGCCACAAUUUUCCACUCUAAGCAAUUACCGCCCUACUCUAAAAUCAACACGUGUGUUUUCCCUUUUGGUUCCUUCCCACAAAAUCAAUCUAUACCUGGCCACAUCCUAUCUUUCCUUUCACGCGGGCAAAUAAACCGCGUCAGUAGACCUUUUAAAUACGCCUCCAAAACCAGCGAAAAUAAUAAUUACAAAAAGAAAAAAAAAAUCUCAUCAAUGGCGAGUUUUUUAGGUUCAAUUGAAGAGAUGAAGAAGGUAUUCAACAAAUUCGACAAAAACGGCGACGGUAAAAUCUCUCGUGACGAAUUGAAAUCGGUGUUAAGUGCUUUAGGUUCGGCGCCGUCUUCCGGCGAAGUGGAUCGGAUAAUGUCGGAGAUGGAUAAAGACGGGAAUGGUUACGUAGAUCUAGAUGAAUUCAUUGCUUUUCAACAAACGAACAUCAAUGACGACGAUGGUGAAGCACAGUGUGGUAACAAAGAGCUCAAAGACGCGUUCGAUAUGUACGAUCUGGAUAAAAACGGAUUGAUUUCGGCUAAUGAAUUGCACGCCGUGUUGAAAAGAUUAGGUGAGAAAUGUUCGUUGAGUGAUUGCCGGAGAAUGAUUAGUCAAGUUGAUAAAGACGGUGAUGGAAACGUUAAUUUCGAUGAGUUCAAGAAGAUGAUGACCAAUGCUUCAAAUUAAAAGGUUAAGUGUUAGGGUUUUUUCUUUUUUUCAAUUUACCUUAUGAAAGUUAAUUAGUUUAGGAACCCUAAUGAAAUUAGUAUUUGGAACUGUUAAUUUCGUGUGUAUAUAUAUUAUGAUUGCUCACUUACAACUUCGAUUUAAUGGCAAUGGCAAUUAGGUUUUA